UCUCUCUGUGUGUGUGUGUGUGUCAGUUUCAGCAGGAGCUCAUCAUGUCUCUCCCCGCCGGUCAUCGUUCUGUACCUUCCCCCUGCUGACCAGGGAGAGAAGGAGCUGGUCCAGCCCUAGAAAUAACUACAUCUCUCUGUCCCCACACAGACGUUAGGGAAAAAAAAAAAAAACCAAAAUUCCAAGAAACAGCCCACCCAGCAACAUGGCACAUGCAGCUCAACUCAAUAUCCUGGAGCAGAACUGCCCCAUCCAGGUGGAGCACGAUCGCAGGAGGAGACAAUUCACAGUGCGGCUGAAUGGUUGCCAUGACAGGGCAGUGUUGCUCUACGAGUACGUGGGGAAGAGGAUAGUGGACUUGCAGCACACGGAGGUACCAGACGCCUACCGAGGAAGAGGAAUAGCCAAGCACCUGGCUAAGGCAGCCCUGGACUUUGUGGUCGAAGAGGACCUACGAGCUCACCUGACGUGCUGGUACAUUCAGAAAUACGUCAAGGAGAACCCCCUGCCGCAGUACCUGGAACACUUACAGCCUUAACAUAGGAGGCUGCGGAGCCCGGACUGCUCUGGCAGCAGCACGCCCUGCCCCUGACUGUCCGAUGCGGCCUUCGCUUCUGCGCGGUCUCAGGAAGCCCCACGCGCUCUCAGAAUCCUUAUUUUUGUAAGUGCGGACGUGGGGACUGUGACCCUCCCAAAUAGCGCCGGGGCCCUGGUAAUGCACAGCAGCCGGGCCCUUCCACGGUUGGGCUGGCUCAAGGUUCUGUUGACAGCAGCCUCCCCUGUCACUGCGCCAUGGGGUGGAAGGCGAUGGCUUCUGUCGGCCUCCUUCAGCAGCGUCCUCACCCCUGCGGCUCGUCGAAAGCAAGAAGCCGGCGGGCGGAUGUCGGCUUGGGGUAGCCAUCGGGCUCCACCUCUCCUCCAGGAACGUGUGGGGCUGCUGCAGAUUAACUCAUCCUGAGCUGAAGGGGGAUUGUGGAGAGGGGCAGGGUCUUACCCACCUUUCGUCACGGCGGGGAUGGAAGAGUCCGAUGAUAAAGCCUGACAAGCCCAGCCGGUGCCAUUUGCUGUGUGGGCGGGAGCUGGAGAGGAGUGAGUUCCGGCCGGUUAGCUCCCUUCGGGCAAAGCAAGGAGCAUUAGCAUCAAGUCCCAGAGGGUGGAUGAUUGGGUCUUAGGGGACUCUCUUUGCAUGCUCCAGAGCCAUUGGGGCCUUGAUGCCGUCUGUCCCUGAAAGGGGACCUAUGUGAGAUGGUCUGUCGUCAGCCUCUGUCAGGGGCGGGCAGCAUCGCGGAGGGGUGCUCGAGAGCAGUGGCUCAGCCCAGACCUCCUUUCAGUAGCCCAGUAGCUUGAGGUGUGGGCAAGGGAAGGGAGGUUAUAAACUUUUCAACUCCAUCAUGGACAAGAGUGUUUUGAGCCAGUCUCUCGUUUUGCUGGAUCCUCAACUCCGCCCUGAAGGGGGGGACGUUUCCCUUCUGGGGCUGGAGCAGUAACGGACAGGAAUGCCUGCCAUGGCCACGGGCUUUGCUUCUCUGCCUCUUUCGGAGUCCGAGGGGAGGUGAGUGACAAGGAAGGGACAGAGGCGCCGUCAGCAAGGGGAACACAAGGGUCCCGUGGAUGAGCUAAGCAGGUGCCACCAUCCCAGCCAAGCGCACAAACGUACACGCCACGCUGAGCCAAGCAGGACGUGAUCCUUGAGGUGUUCAGGCCAAGCCCGAGGGAGGGAGAAGAGAAUGCGUCCAAUCCCCGUGGAGAAGCAGGGGUGA